AUGGAUUAUACCCUUGAGCCCAACCUGACGGUGACAUCCGACUACUACUAUCCUGACACCUUCUCGAGCCCCUGCGAUGGGGAACUUAUCCAGAGAGACAGCAAGUUGCUUCUUGCCAUCAUCUACUGCUUCCUGUUUGUAUUUGGCCUUCUGGGAAACAGCCUGGUUAUCCUGGUCCUGGUGGUCUGCAAGAAGCUGAGGAGCAUCACGGACAUAUACCUCUUGAACUUGGCCUUGUCUGACCUGCUUUUUGUCUUUUCCUUCCCCUUUCAGACCCACUAUCAGCUGGAUCAGUGGGUGUUUGGGACCGUCCUGUGCAAGGUGUUCUCUGGUUUUUAUUACAUUGGCUUCUUCAGCAGCAUGUUCUUCAUCACCCUCAUGAGCAUGGACAGGUACCUGGCUGUUGUCCACGCUGUGUAUGCUAUAAAGGUGAGGACGGUCAGGACCGGCACAGUCCUGAGCCUGGCAGUGUGGCUGAUCACCAUGAUCGCCACUGGCCCAUUGCUCGUAUUUUACCAGGUGGCCUCUGAAGAUGGUGUUCUCCAGUGUUAUUCAUUUUACAAUCAACAGACAUUGAAGUGGAAGAUCUUCAUCCACUUUGAAAUAAACAUCUUAGGCUUGUUGAUCCCAUUCGCCAUCCUCCUGUUCUGCUAUGCCAGGAUCCUGCACCAGCUAAAGACUUGCCAAAACCACAACAAGACCAAGGCCAUCAAGUUGGUGCUCAUUGUGGUUGUGGCAUCUUUACUCUUCUGGGUCCCCUUCAACGUGGUCCUGUUCCUCACGUCCCUGCACGACAUGCACGUCUUGGAUGGGUGCAUCCUGAACCAGCAGCUGAUUUAUGCCACCCAUGUCACAGAAACCAUUUCCUUCACUCACUGCUGUGUGAACCCUGUUAUCUAUGCUUUCAUGGGUGAGAAGUUCAAGAAAUGCCUCUCAGAAAUAUUUCAGAAAAUUUUCAGCUACAUUUUCCCCUCCAUGGGAAGACAGAUGCCCAGGGAGGGGUGGGAAAGGCGGUCAUCUUCCCACCCUAUGGCCUCCCGCUCCUCCAGCAUAGACUACAUUUUGUAA